UUCUCAUCACACUUCCGUUGUGUUCUCAAAUAAUGAUGCACAAAGAAGGCGAAUCAUACGGUCAGAUGAUGCGCAAACAUCAUUAGGAGUUGAGUGCUGUAAAUUAUCACCGUAUUGACACACCGUGGUGCUAGGCUGUUCGAGGAUAAUAGUCUAAGGCAGAAGUAAUAAGCUACCCGGUAUAAAGUCACGGAGAAAGUGGAAAUCAUAACUUGUUUGGUCAUGACUUCGUGGAUGACAUUUACAGCAUAAGGACCGGUCUGCUUUCCUCUUCUUCUGAUGGCUUUAUCCACUCUAUUGCUUUAUCAGACAGCUAUGCUGCAGGAGAGAUAAGACGUUGAGGUUUAGUGCUCCUCUACAUAAACCACCCAAAGCGCAGUGGGAGAACGAGCAUGUUCACAACUUAUCAGAUACACUCCAACUUCAGGGUUCGUGACCAACAGUUUAAUCGGCGUUUUUUUUGUUGUCAUCAUGAAUUGCGUUGCCCCAAUUCUGGAGUUUAACAAGCUUGGAGACAAACCGUCUUAAUAUUGUUCGCUCAAAUCUUUCUUCAACGUACAUUUUAUUACUGCGUUCGAAAUUUACUCAGUUUUUCUUGGUUGGUGUCCUUACUCUAUGGUUGGUGCUGUCACAGGACCAGUGAAGAUACGCUGCAAACGUGAGCCCUGGUUAGUGCCAAGCAGUGCCUUUGUUUUUCAGCCGACGUGAACGUCUGACAGGAAAUGGACAUUUAGUUUUUUUUUUAUUUUAUAACGGGCUGUCUUUCUGGUGUGUGGUUGAGUACAUUUCCACAUGGCGAAUACCUCAACGAAGCGUUAGCGUUGAAACACGCAUUUAAUCUUCUCUUACAGUUCAUUUGAGAGGUCGCUUCACACUGCAGUUGUCAAAAGGGAAAGCAGAACUUACUAGGGAUAAAUUCUCCUGGAUUAUUGCGGACUACCAUCAGCUAGAGCCUAUAAUACCAUGAGUACAUCUAGCCCGUUCGGCAGGAGGAAGAAAAGUGGGUCACAGACAGAGGUCAAAAUAGCUGUUACUGGUGUCAAUGGCGUUGGGAAAAGUGCUGUCACAGUUCGAUUCCUGACCAAGAGGUUCAUUGGUGAAUAUGGCCAUGAACCAGAAACCAAGUACCACCACCAGUGUAAGAUAGAUGGUGACAUUGUACUGAUGGAAAUAUUGGAUACGGGAAGUGAGGGUGUAUUAACGGAUGACAUCAUCCAAUGGGCAGAUGGUCUCUUACUCGUCUAUUCAAUAACUGACAUGGGCAGUGUUGAAGCAAUACGACAGGCACGACUCGUCAUAGAAGAGAGUCGGACCACCAAGUCUGUACCCGUAGCAUUCACUGUAGUAGCCAAUAAGGCUGACUUACUACAUCUACGGAAAGUGGAUACAAUUGAAGGUGAACGAUUAUCAAAGGAAAUAGGGUGCUCUUUUGCCGAGCUAUCAGCCUCGGAGAGCUACGAUAAGAUUGCCGACGUCUUCCACGAACUUUACCGAGAGAUCCGAAUGUAUAAGUUCGGCUCCCGAUCGACUCUCUUCGGCAGGAUGUUCGGUCACACUCGGGACAAAAAGACUAUGACGUUAUAAGGAAGUAAGAUGGUGUUUGAGAAUUGUGAAGGACAAUGGUCAAGGAGCUCUUUGCAAAACAAAAAUGAGGAGUGAAAAUCCACAGAAACUGUGCAUGUCGAACCGCGAAGGGAACAAUUUGUACAAUGUACAGAUAGGUAUAUUAUAUUAUGGACUUGCCAACUUAGCAUUAUGGUUUAGCGUGAACUCUCCUAGCACUAUAAUUUGUUAGCAAAACUCCACGAUUGACAGGAUAUGUAUUUCCUUCAGAAUUUAUUUAGCAGGAUGAUAAACAGAUUUGUUCUUCACAUUUUGUGAGAGUUUUGGAGAAGAACCGUGGACAGCGUAUAAUGACCAUAGUGCCAAAUACGUCCGAAUGCGCCAUGCGGUGCGUAUAUGGAGCUCCAUGGUAUGUGUAGUUAUAAAGCGGUUAUACAUACACUUUUUAUUUAUUUAUGGCAAAACAGUCAUUUGCUGCAUGUCCCAAUAAUGGGUGUGACCCCGAUGCUUUAUGAAACAUAAAGGCCUUUAUCAACCUGGACAAUGAACAUUACAGGUGGCAUUGCGCCAACAGCGGAACAGUUUAAAAAGUCAUUAAAGUGACUGGACACCUUUGGUAAUCACAGACCACUAUUCUCAAUUAGUGUUAUCCGACAUAUGCAUAAAAUAAAAAAUCUGGGAAAAUUUAGGUUGGUGAUCGAAGUUGCAAGAGAAUAUAAUGGAAGAAA